AUGAAGGUAUUACAUAAAGCAGCAAAACAACAAAUUUCUUGUGGAUUUUUAAUCUUCUCGGAGAAGAAGCAUUACCUCCUGUGUCAUACGACCUGUCAUAAAACACCACCCAAACAACCCUUGAUUCCUUCUCAAUUGAGUGAAGAGAAGUGGACCAUUCCGAAGGGACUAGUGGAUGAAUCCAUUCCGACACAAGUAGGUGAUGCUGCUGAAAUUGAAACUGCAAUUAGAGAGUUGAAGGAAGAAACAGGAAUUGAUUUGAAGGGAAAUGAAGUAUUGCGGAAGGAAUUUUAUGAGAAGUGGGAAAGAGGAGAGCUGAGGUUUAAUUUACACACAGAAUAUAAAAUUAAAACCAAGAUUGUGAGAGUAUAUUUAUUAGAUGAUGAGAAGGGACUAAUCAAAAGUCAAUAUCCAUUGCACGACAUGAAAUGCUCAUCUUUCAUUGAUAUUGACCAUCCUUUGAAGGGCUAUCCUGAAGUGGAUGCCUUUUUGUGGUGCACAAAAGCAGAAGCUCUAAAAAUUGCUCUUAAAUCACAAAAAGUACUUUUCAAAUGA